UUUUUAAAAAAAAAAACAUGCAGAAAUUAAGGUUUGGUGAAAACAGAAAAGUAUAAAUGCAGACAAAGUACAAUUGUGACAAUUUCAAAGUUUGCUUUUUUUUUUCCUUGAAUGCAAAAUGAAUGUUUAAGUAUGUCAAGUGUGCAGGACAGUGUACCUAAUGAAUUGUCCGGUGAGUUGCGGCUACUCUUUGCGGCCACUGGGGGUCGUCAGGCCUUAUUUCGCAAAACACACACACACACUGUUGACGCAUCUCCAUUCAUUUGCUCGUGUAAGGGCAGCAGACGGUUCAAACUCUUUCGAGUGGAACAUUUGUGUCACUUUUUGAGUCUUUUUGUGUUUAUGUGUGUGCGUUCCCCCACCAUUUCUUUCGUGCGUGCGUGUGCGUGCAUGCGCGUGCGUGAGGGCUGCAGCUGAGAGCAUGCACGGCGACGACGAGCGGCACCGAAACUCUACAACAACAGCAACAAAAUGGACCGGUCGGCACCACUUAUUUCAGCGAUGCACUUUGUAUUCCCUGCUGCUACUGCUCUGCGUAGACGGGACGUGGAGCGCCACUGCACCGGCGGACUCCAAUGACUUUGCCUUCUUCCACGAGGGCACCCGAGGCUGCCUGGGGGUGCGCGGGCGCUCCCUGGUGCUCUCCACGUCCUGCCAGGAGGCCGGCCAGCGCUGGAAAUGGGUGUCCCUUGGUCGCCUCUUCAAUUUGGGUUCCUCGCUGUGCCUGGGCGUGACCUCCGGCAACGACACCGCCUCACUCGCCUCCGGGCUGGGACGCACACCUCUGAGCGUGUACACGUGCGACCGCCAGCCCCCCAUGGUGAGCUGGACGUGGAACUGCGGCCAAGUGCUGGAGGACCUCAGCAACUACCUACCCUGGCCGUCGUUCUCCAACGCGUCCACGCCCUCCACGUCCAGCUCCAAAUGGAGCGUGUACGGUGAAAAGCAGGACCUGUGCGCCAAAACGUAUCGUGAGAUCUACACUAUCCAGGGCAACGCAAACGGGCGCCCAUGCCACCUGCCCUUCCUGUAUGACGGCCAAUGGUUUCACAACUGCACCAGCAUCGGGCGAGAGGACGGCCACCUGUGGUGCGCCACCACCUACGACUACGCCCAAGGCGAAAGCUGGGGCUUCUGUCCCGUCAACAGCGGCGGCUGCGAGACCUUCUGGGACAUUGACCCACUGACGGACAGCUGCUACCAAUUCAACAACCAGGCCGAGCUGUCGUGGAACGAGGCCCGCAUCAGUUGCCAGCAGCAGGGAGCCGACCUGCUCAGCGUCACCAAGCUGCAUGAGCAGACCUACAUCAAUGGCCUGUUGACCGCCUACAGCACCGCGUUUUGGCUUGGCCUCAAUGACCUGGACAUCAACACCGGCUGGCAGUGGGCCGACUCGUCCCCGCUCAAUUACCUCAACUGGGAGCAAGACCAACCAAACCACGAAGACCAGGAGAACUGCGUUGUGAUCAGGACAGAGUCGUCGGGUCGCUGGCAAAACCGUGCUUGUUCCGAAACUCUUCCUUACGUCUGCAAGAAGAGGCCCAACGCCACUUUGGAUCCUUUUACUACCGCAGACUCAUGGGCGGACGAUGAGAAGUAUGAGUGCCAAGUGGGAUGGCAGGCCUUCCAGGCGGGCUGCUACAAGGUGGUGCCGGAAAAAGCCGAAUGGGAUGCGGGGCUGAAGGCGUGCCAGAAGAUGGAAGCUAAUCUGGCUAGCAUUCACACGCUGCCCGAGAUGGAGUUCGUUGUUCGCAACAUCAAGAAAGACACGGAGCAGCUGUGGCUCGGCCUCCACGACAUCGCCAUGCAGAUGGACUUCCACUGGAGUGAUCACACCCCCGUCACCUUCACCCACUGGCAUCCGUACGAACCCAACAACUUCCGCAACACUCAAGAAGACUGCGUGUCCAUGUGGGGACGCGAGGGCCGCUGGGACGACAGUCCGUGUAACCUGACUCUGCCCGCCAUCUGCAAGAAGGCCGCUACCAAAAGAGAAGGAAAAUCUCAGCAUCAAGACUGCAAACAAGGCUGGAAGUGGCACAGUCCAUCUUGCUACUGGGUGUCGGAGGAUCUGUUAACGUUCGAUGAGGCCAGGAAGUCGUGCGAGGAAAAUAAGGCGUCGCUCCUAACGAUCACCAACAGAUUUGAGCAGGCCUUCGCCAACAGUCUGGUGUUUGGUCGUUCCGAUGAUUCCUUCUGGAUCGGCCUGCACGACCAGGGCAGCCCCGGGUCGUUCCACUGGCAGAGCGGGGACCAAGUGUCCUACACCAACUGGAACCGAGACCAGCCGAUCAGCGUCCGAGGAGGCUGCGUCUCCAUGGCGACCGGUUCGGGAACCGGGCUGUGGGAGGUGAGAGAGUGCGCAUCGUCCAAGGCCAAAUACAUCUGCCGCCAGAACCGGGAUGCCACCCUGAGCCCCGAGCCCUCUGUUCCCGCCGCUCAGCCCACGCCCAGCCUCACUGGGUCCUGCCCCAACGGCUGGAAGAGCAACAGCAACCUGCGCUAUUGUUACAAGGUCUUUCACUGGGACAAAGAUCAGAGGUUGAGCUGGCUGCAGGCUCACUUGUUCUGCCGUACACACGGCGCCGACUUGCUGAGCAUCGCCGGCCCAGAAGAGGAGCACUUUGUUCUUCAAGUCCUGCACGAGACCUUUGGGGAGUCCGAGGAACACGAUCAGCACUGGUUUUGGAUCGGUCUGAACCGCAGGAACCCGAUGGAAAGCAGCAGCUGGAAGUGGAGUGAUGGGCUGGCUGUCACGUACCAGAACUUUGGCCGCUACUACUACAACGUCCGGCAGUGCGCUGCAGCAGACCUGGGCUCCAUGACUUGGCUGGCCAUGCACUGUGAAUCGCCUCUGGACUGGAUCUGCAAGAUCCCUCGAGGCAGCGUUGAGAAGCAACCAGAAGGCGCCGCUUCACCGGAAUGGAUCGGCUUUCAGGAGGCCGAAUACAAGUUUUUCGAAAGCCGCACCACGUGGGACCAGGCCCAGAGAAUUUGCUCAUGGGAUCAUUCAUCCCUGGCCUCGGUUCACUCGGCGCAGGAAGAGAAAUUCCUGGCCAGCACGCUCAACCAGAUGGGAAAGGUGGAGUCUGAUAACUGGUGGUUGGGACUUCACACUUUCAACAACGACGGGCGUUUCCGCUGGUCCGACCACUCUGUGCUCAACUACGUGUCCUGGGCUGCCGGCAGGCCACGCCCCCUCAGUCGCGACCGCAGAUGCGUGCACUUGAUCGCUAGCAAAGGAGAGUGGGCUGAGCAGAAAUGUGACUCGGACCAAUCGUACAUCUGCAAGAGGGUGAACGUCACCGGCACCGCCCCCCCGACGCCAUCGUCUCCACACCCUCCCUCGGGUUGUCCCGAAGGAUGGACCUCGUAUCAGCGCAAGUGUUUUAGAGCGUUUGAGCUGCAGUCCCAGCGCGUCACGUGGUCCGCGGCCAAAAUCAAAUGUGAGCUGCAAGGUGGCGUCCUGGUUGUCAUUUCCAAUCAUUUGGAGCAAGCCUUCGUCACCACCCUGCUGUCCAACGUCACCGUCGACCUGUGGCUCGGGCUCAAAUCCGACCCCAAAGGUCAUUUCCAGUGGGUGCAGCCGGGUCUGCUCAGCUACACCAACUGGGCUCCGGGACAGCCGGUCGACAACAACGGGCCGCAUCAUGACAAGAACCCGGGAAACUGCGUGGCCUCAAUUCACGGCAACCCGCAGAAGCACAAAGGCAUGUGGGCCUCACGGGCUUGCGAGACGGAAAGCUUCGGCUACCUUUGUCAGAGGCAACAAGAUCCAGGAAUGCCCGCGGCACCUACCCUGAUUCCCGCCACCUUGUCCAAGCGUUUGGACCUGGGCGGCAUCACCUACCAGGUGGUGCAGAAACGACUGGACUGGACCGGCGCCCUUCACCUGUGCAACGCCUUAAACGGGACCUUGGCGGCGCCGAAAAAUCCCGUCCAGCAAGCGUACCUGACGUUACUCAUCAACAGCUUGCGGCAGCCGGCGUGGAUCGCUCUCUACAACUACGAGGGCCGAAGCUUCACCUGGCUGGGCGAGGAAGACUUGCCCUAUUCCAACUGGGUGGACGGAGAGCCCAAACAGUUGCCAGGCUGCGGUCACAUGACCACCUCCGGCCUGUGGACCAGGACCUCCUGCGAGACCAAACUGGAUGCUGCCAUCUGUCAAAUUAGUGAUGCGCCAGAGACUCACAAGUGGCUCUACCCGGGAAGUUGCCCGCGCACUGUCGGCGACUGGGCCUGGGUGUCCUUCAGGAACCACUGUUACGCCUUCAACCUGCAAAGACUCAAACUGCAGCAGGACGCACUCGUGUCCUGCCAGAAAGUCGGGGCCGAGCUUCUCACCAUCUUGGACGAAGCGGAGAACGCGUUUGUGUGGGAGCACAUCCAGAGCUCGGCCGAGCAGGCCCACGGAGCUUGGCUGGGAGUCAGCGUCAGAGGUGGAAGUCUGGUGUGGAGCAAGGAGACAGAGAUGUCAUACACCAACUGGGAGGCUCGCGACGUGGCCUUCUCCGUGCUCUCGCCCAACUCUUGCUUCUGGAUCCAGAGCAACAGCGGCCUUUGGAAGCCCGGAUCGUGCCGGAACCGAACGCACGGCGUUAUCUGCAAGCGACCCAGAAGUAAGCCCCCAUGUCCGAUUUUGCUUUUAAUGACAUCAUCAAACGUCCAUUUCCUUUUUGCAGUCAUGGAGUCCUCCACCGAGUUGCUGAGCGGCGACCACCUGCCCACGCUGAUCGUGGUGCUGGUGACGGUAGUGGUGCUGGUGGUUCUGAUCGUGGCCGUUAUCUACUUGUACCGGCGGCGCGGCGGAGUUGGCGUGCGGGGCUCCUACGACGGCGCCCGCUACAGCCGUACGCACUCGGGCCAGGGCGACCAGGUGGAGAAGAACAUCCUGGUAUCGGACAUGGAGCUCAACGAGCAGCCCGAAUAGUCCAUCAACACGGAACCGGUAUUUUGUGAAGCCAAAAAUAAUCCUGAGAAAAAUAAUCCACCCCCCCAAAGGUAAAAGGCUGUGUAGAGCACAGCAGCGUCUACAUUUUUCAAACUGUUCCCAAGUGUGUCUGUGACAUGCUUUUCUCCAACGACACCAAGGAUUAACAGUUACAGCACAUUUUUUUACCGAACAAAUGAAAUCAGACUUUUUUUUUUUGUCAAUGCAAAUGAAGAAUAAAUGACUUGGAAGCUUUUUAGAAGAGUACUCAAAGCCACUCGCUACUUUGAUGCCAAAUUCUCUUUUUCUUCUCAUUUAAAACCAAGACAAGCCAAGUCGACGAAAACUGUGAUGUCAUCAUCCCCAUCCCGCCUCCUUCCCUUUGGACACGUCAGCAUCCGAAGGAGGAGGAGGUGUCCAAAUUUCCAGUGACGUGACAUCCUGCUCUGUUCUUGCACUUUUCUUUAAUUUCCAAGUGUUGCUAUGUUGUGAGUUUUUACACUCCGCCCCCCCGUCAUACCCCCACCUGGAGCUGAGUAAGCAAUUCCCCCCCCCCCCCCUUUUACACAGCGCCCCAGGUCCACACUUGGUCACGGCUAUUUUUGUUUUUCUUCUCUUUCUAUGUAGCUUAGGUCAAUAGAUUUAAAGACUUUCACGUUUUUUUUGCAGUUUCUUUUGGGACAUUUGCCAACAACCGCCCCUGGACCACAAGACCCAACCCCUGACACUGACUACAACCCCACAAAAGAAGGUUUUGAAGGAUUUGCCAUCUUCUUCCCACCUUAUAAUUUUUAAAGCAGUGUCUUGAAACCCCCACACCUGUACACCUUACUUUGAAACCCUGACCCAGACCUGAAAGUUUUAAUUUGAAGCCCAGCUUUGAAACCCAAACCCUGGUGGGACCCCAUCCAGCCCCUGAUUUGAAACCCUACUCUGAAAAGCCUAACCCAGACUUAAAACCCUAAUUUGGUUCCCUGACACAAUUUUGAAGUCCAUAUUUUGGAGCUCAUCAUUGUCGUGCAACCCUAACCUUGACUCGGAGCCCUACUUUCAACCCUAACUUACAACCUUAUUUGAAACCCUUUUUUGAAAUCCUACUCUGAACCUUUAACUCAGACUUAAACCCCUAAUUUGAAGCCCUACUUCGAAACCAAGUGACUGAUUUGUUUCUUUGUCAUUUUUUUCUUCUUCUCUGCCUUCGUGGCGGUCUUUUUCUUUUUUGCUUCAAGAUAUUUAGAGACUUUUCCACUUCUUUUGUUUUGUGUGUGCGUGUUGCCAACAAUUGAGAUCCCCCUCCCGACACCAAUGUAAAUACCACAGUGUUGAUUUUACCCCCCAAAAGCAGAUUUUGGAUCAUUUCCCCGUCUUCCCCCGCCUGCAGGAUUUUUUUUUUUUUUUUUUUUUUUGUGCUGCUGGAGGUGUGUGCGUGUGCGUGAAUGCGUGUGUGUGCAUGCGUUGUCUCCUGCUGUGGAAUGUUGAGUCGGCAAGAAGAGCCCAGUGGCACGUCUGGAACCAAUCAGAGAAGAGAAAAGUUAAGUGGGUGGGAUGGUGGGGGUGCUUGGGCUAAAGGACGUGAGGGGGUGAAAAAAGGAGGCAAAGCAGUGGAGGUGAAGAAGGGAUCAAGCGAGGAGAGGGGGAGGUGAAGGCAUGUAGGAAGAGGUCGACCGCCCUCUGGGGACCGUUUGCUGUACUGCAGUUAGGUUGCGAGCCAACAGUGUUGCGCAAUAAUGACGCGUGUGCAUGUCAGUAGACUUUAGUGUGUGCCUGUUACAAUUUCUCAUUCCUUCAUUAAAUCUGUCAAUCAGGCCACGUGGUCCUCCUGUGAAUAUGACCGGAAGUGUCCUUUUUUGUAUGAAAUUAGUAAAAAGAUAUAUAUGUUCUCUGA